CUAGAUUUGUAUCAAUCGAUAUUUAGUUUGCAUCUCUGACAAUUAUUGUGGUCUAAACAAAACCGGCUUGUUUUUUGGGAAUAAAAAAAGCUCCGUAUCAAAAUGAUAACUGACGUGCAAUUGGCAAUUUUCUCAAAUGUCCUAGGAGUAUUUCUGUUUCUCCUCGUUGUUGCUUACCACUACAUCAACGCCAAUACGGGAAAGUCUAGUAUUAAAAACAAAUGAUGUUUAAGGUUUCCACAAGUUAAUUAAUACAAGUAUCUUAUAAAACCAACUUCAAGUAAUAAAAUGGUAUAAUAAAACUUACUCCAUAU